AUGUCGGCACCACGUAAACGCACAGUACACCAGCUCGAUACGCCAUACUCGACAGAUCUAUGGCCGGAAAUUACAUUGGAAGACCAAGAAACCAUUCUAGAACUUCUAUGCAGUUUCCUCAGCCCUCUAGGUCAUCAUCGUCGCACACACGUGAUUCCAUCAAAGGGCAAAAAGGCGUCGAGGCAGAAACGUAGACAGCAGCGGGACGGAGAGAAAGAUGAUGCCGCCGUGGCCCCCUCGCCACCUGCUGCCCCCGACGUCAUCCACAGUGUAGAUGUUGGCUUCAACGCGAUAUCGAGGAAUCUACAACUUCAGUCUGAGGUUGGCGACAGCAAGUCAAAGCAGAGGAAGGAUAGGUGCUACGCCAUGGUCUUUGUGGCCAGAGGGGACCAGUCGUCCGUUUUCAACUGCCACUUCCCCCGUAUGGUUGCCGCCGCCGCAUCCAGCGGGAAUGCUGGCGGCAAGGCCGGGACCAGGCUCGUCGGCUUCUCCAAGUCGUGCUCAGAUCGGCUGAGCAAGUGUCUCCACAUUCCGCGGGUGUCGUCCGUCGCCGUCGCCGUCGAUGCCCCCGGGGCGACGGCCCUGCUGGAGACGGUGAACAGGAUAGUCCGGCCGCUAGACGGUAUCGACUUGUUGAACGGUCAGCAGAGGCAGCCGCAGUAUAUACCGACCAAGAUCAAUGCGAUUGAGACCACGGUGGGACAAAAGAAACAGAAAAAGGCUGCAUGA